AUGGUUUUAUGGGAUGCUCUCUUCUCUUCUCUUCCAGGCGGGGGCUGCACCUUCCCCGAGAGCUGGACCGGCAGCUGGUUCCAGUCAGGGUACCCUGGACUCAUCGUCAUCAACUCCACGCACAUACAGUCUAAGGGCGAGUGCGCGGAGACUGAGUCUACAGACAAGUUUCUACUUUAUGACAGAAGCGACGACUCAUACAGAUGCAUGGUGAUACAUGAAAAGCACAAAUAUGUACUUCAAUAUAAAGAAAGUCCCAGUUGGUCCAAGGACUCGUUAUCCUCAAUAUGCGAACAGAUCAGCGGCGACGCGCCCCUCUACUCCAUGUUCAGGAAGGAGCCGCGGCCGGUACCGCAGCCCUGCCCCUUCCAUCCUGCGCCCUUCACGUUCACUUAUAACAGGGGCACAGGCGACUGCACCAAUCCCCCGUCGCGUGCCGAAGCGUGCACGGACGACUCCAGGCUACUGCUGCGGUACAUGGCCUGUCCCGAUGUGCCAGGGACAGAGAGCAAUGUGGAGGAGUUGGUGUGCCUGGCGACGUGGAAGGAAGGCUCGACCAGGUACCUGGUGGGGCAGAUAUCGCAAGUGCGAAGGAACUCCAUCGUCUCUGAUGAGGACACCUACAGGUGCUUCAUCUACAAAGGGCAGCACAGCGAUAAAAGCAUGACAUACAACAUCGCCCAGUCCGGCGACGCGACAUGCAACGGCGUGUCGUCACCGACCGAUGGCAGCCGGAUUAUGAAGCUCACUACCAGCGACGACGAGCACAACCGCUGCCACUUCCCGUCAUGGAUCGUGGAGCACCACAAGUGGUUCAGCCUCGACCACCAGCACCAGUACCACUUCACCACCAAGAACGCCACGCUCAAGAUCAUGAACGGCGACAGCCUGGCCGAGGAGAAGCGCCUGGUUUGCCACUCCAUCUUGGAGCAGGCGCGCGACCGCGUCACGCUCGUGGCGCACGUCACGCGAGGAUGCGAGUCCGGCCACGUGUGCCUGAAGUUCUACCAGCGAGCCAGCGGCGUGCUGGAGCUGCAGCAGGGCUCCGCGCUGUGGGAGGCGCCCGACGACGCCUGCGCGCAGCCCGAGACCCCGCCCUACGUCACGCUCAUCACGACGUACCUGACGCCGUCACGCUGCCCGGUGUUCGGACGCUACUCCGUGGUGAAUUCUCUCGCCGACCGGCGCAAGCGGCGACAGCAGACUACUAUAGGCGAUCCUGAUCCCAACGAAGCAGCCGAGUGCUACCAAGGCUCGUACGACAGUGCCAGCUUCAACUGUGGAGCCUCGCAGGACACCAUUGAGUUCAAGUCGCACUGCCUGACUACUGUGUACACGUGCUACGGCAGCUGGCAGGAGGGUUCCCUCGGCUUCGUGGUGGCGGCGGCCGGCCCGCGCGCGCCCCGACCUGACACAUUCUGUUUCAUCUACACCGCGCACGCUGCUAACGAGUCCCGCUCCAUGUCGCGCGGCUUGUCUCUGAGUGCAGCGCGCGCUUGCUCGCGCUCGCUUAUUCCUGGCGCCGGCGGCGAGCGAGCGUAUAACCUCACACUCAACGGCACGUGCGAGCAGAGCAGCAAAUACAACAGCGACGCGUCCCGUCUCACUUCCACAGCUCUGAUCUUACUGUGCGUGCUCGCUUACAGAUGAUACCGCGGCGCGUAGGCUGUUCACCCUUGUGCCGUGGUUUGGUUUUAGAUUAAAAAGUAAAACGUCAACGUCAAAUUUUGGCGCGCUCGUAAACAUCAAUGUCAGAUUUUGGCGCGUUAAAUUCGGGCUUGGAAUUUGCACAGAUUAUAAAGCUUGGUGUCGGUUUUGGAACGAUUUUUUUAGAUUUGUGAUAACAUCAAAAUUAUUGACCAAUUUUAUACAUUUUUAAAGCGGAAUGCGGAUUGGUUUGGUAUUAGGAUAUGGAAUAAAAUUAAUGAAAAUGUACCAGUGAAAAAAAUUUUAUAGUAAUUAAUUUUAUCCGUCAAAUAACACCCUUAAAAAUCACUCUUAUAUCAUCGAAAACAAAGAUUAAGUUUGGUUGAAUAUAAACACCUUGAACAUUCUAAAAAAAUACUAAAGUAGGUAUUCCAAGUCCGAAUCUGAAUCGCUGAAUCUAUGAUUUUUACAUAAACAACUCAAUUCUUGCCACAGCAUUUUUGAACUUCAUGCAGAUGAUAUAGAGUUCAAUAUUCCCUUAUUUUUUUUGUAAUUCAAGCCAGUUAACUGACAGUUGUAUAAUAGACAACCAAUAGGAAUGGCAUAGAUGGCAUUUUGGCCAAUGAGAAUCGUAUAAAUUGACAGGUCAAAGGUCAGUUACUGAUUUUAAUUUCAAAAUUAGAAUUCAAUAGAGAUACAGGAUCCUCUAUGAAUAAAAUGUAUUAUCAUUUAUAGGGGUGUAUGUGAAAUAGUUAAAUGUUUUUAAUAAUUAUUGGGUAUAAGACAAUAUACUUAGUGACAGUUUCACAACUGCCUGAUAAACUCCUUGUUAGAUGCCAGCCCUAGUGAUGCGCUACCUCUGGACUUCGGCUUGACACUACUUUUUGGGACAUCCUGUAUACAGGCAUGGUCACUGUGUAAAUUAACUAUUUUUUGGUACGCCCCUAUGAUAAUAAUAUGAUUGCAUCAAAAAAUCUCUUAAAAUAAUAUUCUGAGCGCGAAUAUUUUUCUUUAAAAAAUUGGGUAGAAACUUUUUAAUAAAAUCAAACCACGACCAAGCUCUAGCAAAGUUAGCGUACUCGGUUAUAACAAAUUUAGUCUUGCUUUGAUUGUGAUAAAGUGCAUAUUCGAGAGAACAUGCGAUUCGGAUGCAUUUAAUAACUUUCCAGUGUAAUUUUUGGCAGCUUUUUUUAUUCUUUGCGUGUCACAGACAUAGUAAACACUAAUUUGUCCAUGUUUUUAUGUUAUUUUAAUCUAUGAUUUUUUUUACACAAAAUGGAAUUUCUAUAAAAUUUAGUUUUAGGUUAGGCGACAACAAAACAAUGUUGAAAAGAAACGAAGCAACGUGAUCAAAUUGUAUAUAAAAGGUAUAGUUGGUGAUGAUAAAUAUGCGAUUUUAAAUUAUCUUUGUAAUUUAAACUUUAAUUUUACCGUUUAAUUUAAAAUAGGACGUAUCCAUCGCCUCUGCCAUCGUGUUGCAUUUAAAAAUUGAGUUUUUUUUAAAUAUUUUUUUUAAAUUGGCAGAGUUUGUACAAUACUUAUAAUGAUAUAAAUAAUUUAUAGAGAAAAACGCUUUCGAAGUAUACAUAAAAUUUGUACUGUAUGCUAAAUAUUAUACAGAUUAAAAAUUAAGACUAAAUUAAUUAGAUAGACAUAAAUGUAGAAAAAAUUAUGCUCAGCAUUUCUUUUUAUUGUUUUUCUUUUUUGAAUACGUCCACUUUUCUUCAUUAUUUUACUUUUUUGAGUUAUAAGAAUGAAAUCGGAUAAACUUUUAGAAUUUACGAACCUUUUGGUUAAAAAUAUUUUUUUUGGAGCUCAUUUGCUCAACAUACCAGUGAUUAAAAUUAAAACAACUCAUUUUUAGGUUUUAUCAAUAUUGGAGUAAAAAGAUAACUACUUAAAAAUGCCCUAUGUUUAAAAUAUUUUUUUGAUGCCAUCCUUAUUUUACUUUCCUAUUAAAAACAAUGUACAGUUUAUCCGAUUUCAUUUCGUAUUUAAUUGAAACAUUUAAUAAUAGGUGUUACUUCUGUACUUUUUCAUUUGAACUUUCUCAAAAAUCAUUGUAUAUCUUGACCAAUAGUAGAUUAAAAAAUAUAUAAUUGCUCAUACGAAAAAAUAGUUGGGGAUUUUAUUUGUGAUAUAAAAUUAUUUUAAGGUUAUAAAAAAAGUAAAUAAAUAUGUAAAUACAUCUAGAACCGUGUUCCCUGCGCAAUUGGUUUCCUGAAUUUUUUGUGAUAAUCUCUAUGACAGCUAUUAUUUUCCUAGUUCUAAGAUCAAAGAAUUGACGACAAUGCUUGCCUACAAUGAAAAUUGUUUAAAACAACUAACAAAUAUAAAAAUGUAGCCCAAAAAGACUAUUGUAAAUAAAACUAGCUGGAUAAUUUAUAUACAAUCAUAUUUUAUAGGUGUAAACGCAUUUUUAAUAAAAUACAGGAUGAAAGUAUUAAUUUUUAAAUAACCGAAGAUAAUAAAUAGCGAUAGGUUAUAUUGAAAAAUUAAAACUAAAGAUUUCUUACAGCCAUUUUUUAAUUCAUUUUUUUCGUCGGUUAAAAUGAUGUUACGUGCACAACAUGUUAAAGUAAAAUCACAAUUAGCGUAAGGAAGCUUCGUGUUUUUAUUUAUUUAUUAAAUAAAUAAGCGGAAUUCACAUGUGAAUAAGUGCACUAACGAUUUAUGUAAAAAAAUCUAUAAUACUCUAAAUUGUAAUUUACGGCUUGUAAAUAUGUUUUUAAUUUUUCGGCUAGGGGCAUUGAAUGUUUACAUUUUUUUUUUGUGAUAAAUUCCGGCUUUUUUGGACUACUUUGUGUAAAGGUUACUUUGGUAUUCUUUUGCUUUUUUGUAAAACAAUUGGUCACGCCACGAGAUACGAUUUGUAACUAUUAAUGUGUAAGCCUAUUAUUAUAUUUUGAUUACUGAAAUAUAUUUGAAAAUCAAA